CUCGAGCUCCUACUGAUGAAGAUUAUGCCAGGAACAACAGUUCAAGGCAGAAAGCGAUUGAUGAGUGGCUGCCAAUCACUUCAUCAAGAAAUGCAAAAUGGUGGUAUUCGGCUUUCCACAAUGUCACCGCAAUGGUCGGAGCCGGCGUCCUCAGUCUCCCCUACGCAUUAUCGCAACUCGGAUGGGGACCUGGUGUGCCUGUCCUAGUCCUAUCAUGGAUCAUAACUCUCUAUACUCUAUGGCAAAUGGUUGAGAUGCACGAGAUGGUCCCCGGAAAACGUUUCGACCGAUACCACAAACUUGGUCAAUAUGCCUUUGGUGAAAAACUCGGUCUCUACAUCGUGGUGCCACAACAACUUCUUGUUGAAGUUAGUGUCUGCAUAGUUUACAUGGUUACAGGAGGCCAAUCAUUGAAGAAAUUCCAUGACACUGUCUGCAGUACCUGCAAACAGAUAAAACUAACCUAUUUCAUCAUGAUUUUCGCUUCCGUUCACUUCAUGUUGUCUCACCUACCCAACUUCAACUCCAUUUCCGGUGUCUCCCUAGCCGCAGCAGUCAUGUCCCUAAGUUACUCUACUAUUGCUUGGGGAGCUUCAGUGGAUAAGGGUGUUCAACCAGGUGUUGAUUAUGGCUACAAAGCUAAGACUGCAGCUGGUACAGUGUUCAAUUUCUUCAGUGGUUUGGGUGAAGUAGCUUUUGCCUAUGCUGGUCACAAUGUAGUCUUGGAGAUCCAAGCUACGAUCCCAUCAACACCCGAGAAGCCGUCAAAGGGACCGAUGUGGAAAGGCGUUGUCAUUGCCUAUAUCGUUGUCUCCUUGUGCUACUUCCCUGUUACCUUAAUCGGCUACUGGAUGUUUGGCAAUGCUAUCGAAGACAACAUUCUCAUCACAUUGGAGAAACCAGCAUGGCUUAUUGCUAUGGCUAACAUGUUUGUUGUUAUUCAUGUUAUUGGAAGCUACCAGAUCUAUGCAAUGCCAGUGUUUGACAUGAUAGAAACCGUGCUCGUCAAGAAACUAAAUUUCAGUCCCUCGACUACACUUCGAUUCGUUGUUCGAAACUUUUUUGUUGCAUUCACAAUGUUCAUUGCCAUUACAUUUCCUUUCUUCGACGGACUUCUCAGUUUUUUCGGAGGAUUUGCUUUUGCACCUACAUCGUACUAUAUCUAUAUUAUAUUUGGUGUUUGCUUGAUGGUCUUAUCGCCAAUUGGAGGGCUGAGACAAAUCAUCAUUGAGGCUAAAAGCUACGAAUUUUACUCUUAA